AUGAGUACGAAUCAAAAGGCUACGGACGCCACGGCGUAUUGGGGCCAUCUCAUCGACAAGCGCCUGUCCGAUCCGGAGCUUACCCAAGAUUCAGUCAGAUUGGAGCUCGCUGCUUUGGAGAUGCUGGUUGCGAAAGCACGGAACUUGCACUUGGGAGUAGGCCGAUUGCCGACAGAAGUUCUUGGGGAAAUCUUCAUGAUCGUGCGCGAUAUAUGGCCCCCGUCACGCUUCGUGGACGUUGGAGAAAUUCUGCGUUUUCGCUCCGGAUGGAUGGCCAUAGCUCACGUCUGCAGCUCUUGGCGUAGCGUUGCAUCAGGAACUUCGGGCCUAUGGGCCAAGCACGAUGAUGUCCUCAACCUUCACCCCAGUUAUCUCCCGGCGAUACUUUCGCGCUCCGGAGACUGCCUCUUCGACAUAUCAUUCGACUUUCUAGCUCAAAUAGAGCCUCAUCCGGUGGAGACCUCGACGCAUAAGUGCGAUAAUAUACUAGUUCGCGCCUGCUACUGGCUUAGCCCACCUGUUCUGUCUAAGACCGAGCGUCUAUCUAUGAAUGGCUUUAGUGACGACCUCUAUGCGACGUGGGUCAACCUCGCUGCCUACCGACACAGUCUACGGAAAGUAGAUCUGAGCACAAAAAGGAACCCUUCUCACGUUCUCCCCGCACCCCUCGCUGGGUCAAGCGACGUCACACACCUCACACUUGCGGGGUUCAUUGUGCCCUGGAACUCCCCCAUCUUCUCGACAAAUCUGACGAGUCUCAGGCUCACUGUCAACUACGAGGAUCUGGAGCGCCGCAACAUGCUACCUUCAUGCCACGAAUUGCAGACAGCCCUGAGCGGCUUGCGUUCCCUGCGCGUACUGGAGUUAUAUGACGUCGUACCUCAUGGACCAAUUCAAGAAGAAAUACAUCCCCCCGAGACACUACGCCUCUUCAUCUUCAAACUGGGACAGUUUGCACCGAUCAAGUUUGCCCAAUCUCUCCGGCUGCUGGUUCGAUUGAAGAUCCCCGAAGCUUGCGCGAGACAUGUACUAUUGUGUGAAGAAGCAGAAGACGUGGUACUUUCAGAUUCAGAAAGCGACUACCUGAAGAUUUACGUCAAUAUGUUCCUUGCGUCUAGCCUCUCCGCUGCGCCCGGCUUGUCCUUCGGUUUGCAGACCGUUUGCAUUACCACGGAAGAACGUGCCAGACGCAGGUGGCUCUAUACGUGCUCAUACAAAGCGAAGGAACCGGACAAUGAGCCUCUCUACGAUCGCAUCCACCUUCUUACAUCUCCGCGCCAUGCCGAUCUUCACAACAUGGCUCGUUUCCGCGCCAUAGGCCUGGACAUACGGGACUUCAUCGACAUGCUAAACAUGGAUGAGCUCCGGAUCGCCACCUUCACGUACUCCUCGUGCGUAGCGAUUACCUACACAAAUCGCUGGGCAGAGUUCACCGUGACCGCCCCUCAACUACGCGUCAUCGGUGUCUUCCUCUCUGAGUGCCUUCCACUGCUACAUCUGCUGGGCAACACGGUUCGCGGACGGUUGACGUCGCUACCUUUGCUCGAGCGCAUCAUCUUCAACGGGGUCGACGACCUGCACCCCUCGGCCGAGUCGCAGUUCGUGUCGGAGUUGGCCGCGUUGACCGGUCUCCUUCGUGUUCGCAAGAUGCAUGGCACGCCGCUGCAGGAGAUAGUGGUAUCGAAAUCCGCGGAGACAUGGGGCGUUUGGGAUGUGUUGAAAGGCGAAGUGGAGAUUACGUUCAUGUAA